AUGUUCCUGGUCGUCCUUAAGCACUGUGGGAAAUGGGACGUGGUGGCAAACGUCCUCCGCAUCAAGACAGGAACAUUUCAAAAGAUGAUACUUUCAUUUGCGGAGGUUGUGUCUCCGUACCUCUACGAGAAGUAUGUGGUGUCCGCGGCUGGCAAAUUCACGAUGGAGGCGCUCGUGCUAGGAGACAACACGUUCCAUAACUACCCAAGCGCUCGCUACGCCCCGGAUGUUACUUUCCAGCAGAGCAACAUGCCGACCGGCCAAACAUCAUCUUCACGGCUACAAAGUCGAGCGGAUAUCCAGAUUUUCCGCAACAACCACGAGUUUCACCUCCAACAUCUUCUUAUGAGCUCGAUGGAGACUGAACUAGCCGAUGAAGGGCCUCUAACGACUGAGCAUCCCGACUCGUGGGCUGUUCUAGCUGAUAAGGGGUACCAAGGACUUGCCGCUGACUUUCGUGCCAUCACGCCGUUCAAGAAGCAGCCACUGCGGGAGUUGACCUUGGAGCAAAUGGAGACUAAUGACCGCAUCGCCCAUGACCGCGUCCUCGUGGAGAACUAUUUCGGUCGCCUCUGCACGCUAUGGGCAAUGUGA